AUUCCAAACCUCACUAUGCACUUUACCAGCCUGCUGCAUCAACAUCGCUUAUCACUCUUUGAGGAACCAAACAAGCUAGUUAUUAAAAGUAAGCUGUGAAUCGCCCAAACAUGAGCCGACAUCCCAUCGUGAAAUGGGCCCAGAGAUUGGAUGAUGUCUUCAUAACUAUUGAGCUUCCUGAUGCUCAGGACGUGAAGCUUAAACUAGAGCCCGAAGGAAAAUUCUUCUUCUCUGCCAAAAGUGGAGCAGACAAAAUUCCCUAUGAAGUUGAUUUGGAUCUACAUGACAAAGUCGACGUUGAUGGAAGCAAGGCUAGUGUUGGAAAUAGAAAUAUCUGUUACCUUGUGAAAAAGGCUGAGAGCAAGUGGUGGAGCAGAUUACUGAAACAGGAAGGGAGACCUCCUGUGUUUUUGAAAGUUGAUUGGGAUCGAUGGGUUGAUGAAGAUGAGGACGAUGUGGAUACUAAGCCCGCACCUGAUAUGGACUUUGGGGACUUCGACUUUUCUAAGAUGAACAUGGGUGGUGGUGAAGGCUUUGGUGCGGUUGAAGGUGAAGAUGAUGAUGACAGUGACACUGAAGAUGAAAAUGUGGAAGAAAUACCAGCUCCAAAGAAAGAUGCCUCAUCAUCUGGUGCCGAGCAUGAAGUCAAAAACGUUUAAGGCCGUAUGUUGGUUUGUUCUCGUAUUUCUAGUUGAGUUGCAUGCUUUUAGAUACAUAACAACAUUAUUUAUUAAUGUUUCCUUCACUUGUUGAGCCCCCCGUUCUUGUGGAAAACUCUGGUCAUUAUGAGAUUGUGAGAGUUAUCAUAGCCUUUUAUCGGAUAUGAAUUAGUGAAAUUAAAA